AUGGGAUUGCGAAGUGAAUCUAGAACUUGCAUUUGUGGAGGCAGUAUCGUGCGUUUACAAAAUUAUAAAAGACACGGUUUUUGGCUGCAAAAUGAGCUUUUUUCAAAAUCAUCAACGGCUAUUGAGAAUAUGCAAAUUAUUGAAAUUGUAUCCUUUGUAUCGCUAAUUGCAUACGCCCUGUGUGCCGUUACACAGUUGAAUUUAUACACAAGAGUCAGAGGUGGCUCUCCUCUCACGGAGAAGUUUGACAACAAGCCUAUUUUCUUUCAAACAGGUCCGCUGGGCCAUUACUACCUCGAAGUGGCCACUGAUGACUCGGGUCUUUCUAAGCGUGAGGUUUUCAGCGUGUACACAUACGAUGAUGAAGAGCAGGCUAUAUAUAAGCAAAUAACUGACAAUUUAAGAGCAAAUUUGACAGUCGAGGAUGAGAUUAUGCAAAUGACGUUUCUCAAGCCGUUGGUGGCUCGCUUGGUUGAGUUGAAGAGUGGGUUGUUGGAGAAGUUGUUGUCUUUUAAGGAAAUUGCGGGUUUGUUCAUUACACAAAAUGUACCUUUACCUGGGGGGCAAGAAUCGUAUAUCGUUACUACCUCCGGGUACAAGAAAAUUGGAGAUCAAAAGAUUCCAAUUGAUAUAGUUGCAAGAGAAGUGAAAUGA